UCAUCCGAGCUAUAUUUUCUCUUUUCCCGCCUGCCAUCCAGAGAACUCGACGUGAUUCUAAUGGCUGCCUCCGCAGACAGAAAACCUUUACCAUUCAUUGCCAACUUCGCUGCUGGCGCCAUCGCAGGCAUUUCCGAAAUUUUAACAUUUUAUCCUCUCGAUGUUGUGCGUAGUUACAGCGUGAAAACGAGGAUGCAGUUGGAGACGGGUACAACCAGUCAAGGUCUUGUUGGGAGCUUUCGUACCAUUAUACGAGAAGAGGGUUUUGGUCGCUUGUAUCGAGGGCUCGUUCCACCGCUUCUUUUAGAGGCCCCGAAGCGGGCUGUAAAAUUCGCCGCCAACGAUUUCUGGGGGAAUACCUAUCUCGCAUACUCCGGCGAAUCCAAGAUGACGCCUAAUCUCUCAAUUCUCACUGGCUGCAGUGCUGGUGCAACAGAAAGUUUUGUCGUUGUCCCGUUCGAACUUGUGAAAAUCAAACUACAAGACAAAACGAGCACCUUUGCCGGACCUAUGGCAGUAGUGCGACAUAUAAUUGCAACGGAUGGACUGUUAGGUCUCUACGCUGGAAUGGAAAGCACCUUUUGGCGGCAUGUCUGGUGGAAUGGUGGAUAUUUUGGCUGCAUAUACCAAGUCCGAGCUACGCUUCCCAAGCCUGAGACCCCUCAAGGCACUCUCUUCAACAACUUUGUUUCUGGCGCGAUUGGCGGUUUUGCGGGCACUGUAGUGAACACUCCCUUCGAUGUCGUUAAAUCCCGCAUCCAAGGCGCUGCAAAGGCGCCUGGCGUCAAACCCAAAUACAAUUGGACUUACCCCGCCCUAGUCACAAUUUUCCGUGAAGAGGGUGCCAGUGCGCUGUACAAGGGAUUCGUACCCAAAGUCCUUCGAUUAGCGCCUGGAGGUGGCGUCUUACUCUUGGUGGUAGAAGGGGUUUUAGGCAUGUUCAGAACAAUGCUUGGUCCACCCUAUGUGUAA